ACACACACACACACACACACACACACACAGGAGACUACGAGCAGGAAGUAGAAAAAAAAAGCAGACAAAUAAGGAAGUAAAUGCUGUGGGAUCGAAGCUGGAGCCUCUUAUCUGCUGUAAAGUGAAAGUAGAUCAGUCGACAGCUCAGUAACGUUAAUAGAAUUCAAGGCACAACGGCUGUGCUAAGGAACUUAGCUAGCUGUCAAGCUAAUUUCUUCACUGCCCAGUGCCUCCACAUUAACGUUAUUCCAAAACAUACCCUAGACAGGAAAACAGAAGGCGAGAAAAGACACACUCGAGACUUACGUCUCUUAUCUCCAAAAUUAUAAUCCGCCACCAUGGAUCGCAAAGGGGAACCCCAGGAAGGAGCUAUGGGGCUGAAACACGAGGAGCUGCCGCAGAUGGACGGCUUAUGUGAUGCGUGCGAGCCUGAUGAGGCCCAGCCGGCCACACAAGUAUGCCACACCUGCAGCUUUGCCUUCUGUUCUGUCCAUGCUGACAGACAUGCCAGCAGCACACGUCACCCCAUAAUGCCUUACAACCAUGAGGUGACACAAGCUAAUGGACUUGGCACCAACAGAUGCUCCAGAGUUGGAGACGGAGCUGAAGAUGUGGCUGGUGCCGAGAGGGCAGCUGGAAUGGGCGUGAAUCAGGAGAUGGCGCCACUCGGUGUGGCAGUGGCUAAUGGCGAUGAGAGCGGCGACGCCGGGGAAAGGGAAGGAGCCAGGGAUGGUGUACAGUUGGAGGGCGGGCUGGGUGACGGAGCUGAGGGUGCAGAAGCAGGGCGAGAGGUCGUGGCUGCCAGAGAGGCGGGGAAGAGGGACACUGUGACAGUAGAGAGACUGCGCUGCAAGGAGCAUGGACAGGAAGGAUCCCUCUACUGUAAACCGGAUGAGAAGAUCAUCUGCGUGGUGUGUGCCGUGCAGGGUGAGCACCGUGAGCAUGAGAUCAUCACCCUGCAUGAGGCAUACGUGUGGCAGAAGAGCAGGCAAGGUUAUGACCUGCUGGGCUGUACGCAACAGAUGGGUGAGAAGAUCAAGACCAAGUGGACCAACCCCGAGAUGUCAACAGAGGAGCUGGAGGCGUAUGUGAACAGCCAGUUUGACGAGCUCCGCAAACUGGUGCGUCUGGAAGAGAAGAGGACCCUUCAUCUGGUUGACCUCAAAGAGGCGUUCCUGACAGCAUCCGCUGCUGAGAAAAUCGCCGAGAUCUCCGUGGAAACCGAGCGCCUGCAGGAAGAGAUGGACAACAUCACACACCAGCUGUGCCUGCUGGAGCGAGCUGAGGCGUUGGGUCCUGCUGUGGCAGCGCAGGCACUCGCAGCAGCACCAGCCCACCGGGUGCAGCGUGACAUUGAGGCCAGGCCAAGGCUGCCAGAGCCGAGGGCGGAGCCCAUGGACCAACGGGACUUUGACGACAAUAAUUCUGGACCAUCCAUGGACCACGCCCCCUAAAACCAGCAGACCAGACUCCUGCUACAUCCACCUGGCCUUCAGUGUCGGCUUCAGCCAGCCGUCAGCCCUGUUGAGCUGUCAGGCUGGCCCUCUCUCUCUCUCUCUCCUCUCUCUCUCUCUCUCUCUCUCUCUCUCUCUCUCUCUCUCUCUCUCUCUCUGUCAGCCAUCUCUUUUACCCUGCUCCCCUCCCCUUCCCCCCCUCCCCCUCUCCCGGGGAGCUGACCUUGAAGAGGGCUGCUGUGACAAAUAUGGAUGGCCACGUCUGUUCUGCUCUCAAACUCUUUUUUUUUUUUUUUUUUUGAAUUCCUCACUAGCUACUAACUUUCUUUAAUUGAGGCACACAAAGUUAUGUGCAAUCAAUUACCAUCAGGCUCAAUUUCCACAGCCAGUCAGAUCCUUGGCUUUAGUGGCGAGCCGGGCUGACUCAGAGAGGAGCCUGGGUAGGCAGCUGAGCGGAGCAUCUGUUAAGCCCGACAGAUGUCAGAAAUGGGAAAUUCUUUGACGCAGUGUGCUUCACACUUCAUUUAUGUACAAUAUCAUUUUGUUUCUGUCAUUUUGACAAACAUUCUGGACUCUCCCAGACAAAGAAAGGGAAUCUUUUCCAGAUGCCACAAAUGCCUUACGUCUUCAAGAGAAUAUGUUAUGUUAUAUUUUGAUUGUAAAAAAAAAAAA